AUGCGCCUGAUAAUGCGACUCUCGGCACUCGCCGUAGCGGCUUUGCCCUUGGUCAACCCUACCAUUGCAUCCUGCGAGACUAGAGCGACAUCUAACAUCCCACAAUAUGUGUACAGCUACGCUCCAUUAGUCUGGUUGUACAGCACAGACCCAUACCGACCAAGCGACAUACAAGCGCAACUCGACAAUACCACUCCCGAGGUCAACUGGACAGCCGUCGCGGACGCACCAUCUCCAUUAACGUUGAACAAUCUAGACCAGCUUAAUGCUCUAGGUAACACAAGCGUGUACCUAACAACCUCUGGCGGUAUCGCUCAGACACCUCAACCAUCCUGGUGGGAUGGCAUCACACCAGGCAGCGACGGGCGUACCGGGAACGCGACAGGGUGUGUCAUUGUGGUUGUAGAUCAUGGCGCUGGGAAAGUGGAUGCAUUCUACUUCUACUUUUAUGCAUACAAUAAAGGCGAUAUAGUCCUUGGCAUGGAAUUUGGUGACCACAUAGGUGAUUGGGAGCACAACAUGAUCCGCUUCGUCAACGGUACACCACAGGCAGUAUGGUUCAGCCAGCACGCCAGCGGCCAGGCAUUCACCUACAACGCACUGGAGAAAAAGGGGCUACGACCAUACGCAUUCUCCGCUAAUGGGACACACGCUAACUACGCAAUUGUAGGACAACACGACCACACAAUUCCCAGCGUAAACCUCCCCGUCGGCUUCCUACUCGAUUACACUGAUAAAGGCAUUCUCUGGGACCCAACACUAAACGCCUACGCUUAUACCUAUGAUCCCGCCACAGCGACAUUCGCAUCGGAUACCGCAGCUGCGUACCCAGUGCCUUGGCUCUAUUUCAAUGGCCAGUGGGGUGACGCGCAGCCUGUAGGGGAGCCUGAAAUUUUCGGAGAAGCGAAAUACGUUGCUGGACCGAAUGGGCCGAAGUUUAAGUCGCUCAAUCGGAAGAAUGUCUGUCCUUCGACGCCUUGCAUUGUGUUGCCGUUUAGGAUUUGGGCGGAGGCGGAAGCGGAGUAUACGACGGCCUGA